UUCUUUGUUCUAGGCUCACGUUGUAUCUGCAUUUGAGCAGUCCCUUUCAAACAUGACACAACGGCUACAGCAACUCACUGCCACUGCUGAGAAAAAAGACUCAGAAUUAUUAGAGCUAAGACAGACUAUAGAACUCCUUCGUAAACAGAGCGUCGAGGCUGGGCUCACAUCGCAGGCGAUGUCCCCAUCGUUGGCAAGGCGCCACACGAUCAACACUACGGACCCAACCAGUGAGAGUAAUAUUUCUAGACAGCUUUCUACUGACUCGGUUUCAAGCCUUAAUUCCCUUAGUUCUGCCUGUAGUCUUUCAAGCACGCCUAUGCCUCAAGAAACUGAAAAGAAAAAGAAGCGUGGAUGGCUUAGGAGCUCUUUCAACAAAGCAUUUUCGAGAUCGAAGAAGAACCGCAACGGUUCUGUGUCGUCGGAUGCAGAAGACAAAGUCGACAUCUCAGCACCACCGAGCCCCCUCCUUGGUCACCACCAUAUCAAUGGAAACGACCUUAACUCGCCAACUGAUAAUGAGAAAGUCGAGUCUGGGCCUGAGGUUGUGGAAGAACUGAGGAAACAGCUGAGAGAGAAAGAUUUGGUCCUGACGGACAUCAGGCUUGAAGCACUGUCGUCCGCGCACCAGCUGGAGUCGUUGAAGGAUACGGUCAUCAAGAUGAGGAACGAAAUGGUGAACCUAAAGCAAGAUAACGAGAGGCUUCAAAGGCUGGUGACCAGUAAAUCUCUCACUUCAUCUCAAAGCUCGCUCCCAAGGAACGACAGCCUUGAGAGGAGAUUUAGCAUGAAUGACGCCAUCGCUGACUCCAAGUAUGAUGUAUUCGCAAGUGAUCCAGAUGGGAAAAGAGUGACGCUUACCGUUUUCCUCGGCUGUCAUGGAUCGUACCACCGUUAUGUUGAGGAUGGUUCCGAAACAGCUAUUGCCUCCCUCUCAGUCAGCGGUAAGACCAAGUGGGAAAUGUUGGAUGCGAUGGUCAGAAGAGCCUUUAAGGACUAUUUAGACCGUGUCGACCCUAUGACCUGCCUCGGCUUGGGACCAGACUCGGUGUGGUCUUACCAUGUCGGUGAAGUGGUUCGUUACAGGGACCCGAAACCUCCCCCGGAACUGCUGCCGUGCGGCUACCUCGUAGGCGAGGACACCAACAUCAGGAUAUGCCUCAGGGGAGCCCUGCACCAGGGUGCGCUGGAUGCUCUGGCAUUCGAUACGCUCAUUCCCAAAUCCAUUAUCCAGAGGUAUGUUUCUCUACUGACUGACUACAGGAGGAUAAUUCUUUGUGGUCCGAGCGGUACAGGGAAGUCAUACCUUGCCAAUAAGCUCGCAGAGUUCCUCGUUACCAGGGCAGGAAAGGAAUCAACAGCUGAAUCGGUUGCUACUUUCAAUGUCGAGCACAAGAGCAGUAAGGAGCUGCGACAGUACCUGUCUAACAUUGCGGAGCAGUGUGAGACAAACGCAGCAGACCUGCCUUCCGUCAUCAUUCUGGAUAACCUCCACCAGGCAGCCUCUCUGGGAGAAGUGUUCAACGGCUUCUUGAAGGCCAAGCACACCAAGUGCCCGUACAUCAUCGGAACGAUGAACCAGGCCACCUGUUCCACGACCAACCUUCAGCUCCAUCACAAUUUCAGGUGGAUCCUUUGUGCGAACCACAUGGAGCCAGUGAAAGGGUUCCUCGGACGUUACCUGCGAAGGCGGCUGGUCGACAGUGAGGCAAGGAUGGGCUCGAGGAGCCCGGAACUGGCGAGGAUAAUGGACUGGGUACCUCGAGCGUGGCACCACCUCAACCAGUUCUUGGAAGGUCAUUCCUCCUCCGAUGUUACCAUAGGACCGAGGCUGUUCCUGUCCUGUCCUAUGGACAUCGCUGGCUCGCAGGUGUGGUUCACCGAUCUCUGGAACUAUUCAGUGGUACCGUACCUCCUCGAAGCUGUACGAGAGGGGAUACAGGUAUACGGGAGGCGCUGCGAAUGGGAGGAUCCAGCGGGCUACGUCAUCCACUCUUACCCUUGGGCAGGGGACUCUGUACACUUAGGCCCCGAUGCACUCAUCAGGUUAAGACCAGAAGAUGUCGGCUACGAAGUACAGGCUGCAGUCAAUACAACAACAUCUACUAGCACCAAAUCCCAGCCAACUGCUGAGCCGGAUCCUCUCUUGAAUAUGCUGAUGAGGCUGCAGGAAGCCGCUAACUAUUCCAGCCCUCACACAACCGAAGGCGAGAUGAGCAGUAGCGGCAGCCUUGGAGUGGAGUCUUAG